CAAGAAUUUGUAAAAAUAUAUAUUUUAUAACAGCAACAUAUUUCUUCCCUACUUUCAGAAUUGUUGGUUUAAACCCUAGUUUUGAUUUGGGGAAAUUUUGGAACGUAUUCGGUGAAGAUGAAAAGGGGAUUGAAAUGGAGCGACGGCGACGACGAUGAUACGUCAUCAUCCGACGACAACUCAGCUCCCGUAACCAACUCCCAAGAUGAUUCUGCAAAGAAGAAAAGGAAAGGCAUAGACUUUGAAGCUCUGAGUCGACACGGAUACAGAGGGGGGCUGUCCGUGUUGAAGGUGCCGCCGCCCAAGGAGGCGGAGAAGGAGCAGGACUGGUCCUGGUGCUCGGGGAAGGAGCAGAAAUCGAAAGAGGCAGAAGAAGAAUCUUUCAAAGAACGACAGAAAACUCGAGCUGCUCUAGCUGAUGGUGAGCAGCUUGCGCAUGUUCUGACCCGGAAGGAGAAGAACAACCUCUCCUUCCAACAGAAGGAGAAGAGGAAACGAGAUCUUGGCCAAGCGAGCAGAGGCAAGAACUAUGUUGAAGAAGAAAAGAGGCUGCUUAGAGACAACGGGGUUUACUCUGGUUUCGACUCCUGAUUUAUGUAAGUUCUUAAGUGUUGCAGAGCUUAAUCUUGAUUCUUGAUCAAAGUUGUUGAUGAGGUUCUUGUGCUGCUUGAGCCUUUAGUUGCAUUCUGUAAAAUGGAUUGAGUAAUAGUAUUAAAAGUGUGUUGUUUCAUGGAUAUUAUUAAGAUGGAAGUAAUAAAUUUUCAGCCUUUGUUAA